AUGUUGAUCCCAUCUAGAGGCCUCCACCUGGCCUGCAGGGCUCUUGCAAGAAGCAAGCCCUUGACAUUCGGACCUGUGGCUGACAUCAAGCUCAGGGAACCCAUCGUGCCCAAACACACCAACUUCGAUGUUUCCCCAGACCACCCAUUGUGGGCUUUCUUCCACGAAGGCAACCAGGCCAAGGCUGCUUUGCGUGAAAAGACCCCUGACGAUGUCCGUGCAUGGUCGAUGGCUGAAUUGCGUAGGAAGUCCUUUGACGAUUUGCACAAAAUCUGGUACUUGACCUUGAAAGAAAGAAACCGCAUUGCCAGAGAGCUCCAGGUCUCCCACAUGGCUGCUGUGCCUGUGGAGCCCUCUGUGCGUUCCCACGAUCUCAUGCUUAAGAUGAACCAAAAGAGAAUCAAGCAGACCCUUCUUGAAAGACAAACAGCUACCGAGAAGGCCCAGACUUUGACCCAGGAGAUCUCUGAGUACUUGGCUGACUUUGAGGAGCAGUAUAUCAACGCCGGUGAGGCCGAUAUCUCCUCCUUCAACGACAAGCUUGUCCGUUUGCAAUACGCCAUUUUCGGCAUCGAACCCACCCUUGAAGACUACGACUUGGACAGGGACAUCAACGUCAAGUUUGUUGAGGGUCUCAGCUACGUUGCCAACUUGAAGGCUAGAAGAUACGUGACGCAAACACACCCAGACGCUCUAGAUUUGCCCCUCAAUGGUGUCAUGGAGGAAUUGCCAUUCUUGUUGCGUGACACCGAGACCGCUGUUGAGGAGGUCAAGACGCUAAGAGAGUCUGGCCAGAGCGUCAAGCUUGACAAGAUCGACGUUUUCCCAUUCUUGAGAAACGCCUUGUCGCAGGCUAUAGAGGCAGAGGUGCCUGCCCCAGAGGAAUCCUAA